AUGGACCCUACAACCAUUAAAGCCAAGAUAGUUUGUAGAUCUGGAAAUAUUGAGCUACCAAAAGCUCGCGUAAAUGCCAAAGUGAACCCAGAUGGGACAAAGGAGCUGAGCUCUAAUGCUCCACCUGGAACCCAUUCAAGAGAUAAGGGAAAAACAGGAAAUCCAUUAAUUGAAGCCUUUGAUCUAAAUGUGGAUAUCAAUGGGAUGGUUGAAACUAUGGAAAUAAAGGUAGAAUACCAAUGGAUGCCCAAGAUGUGUAAUGCAUGUGAUGUGUUUGGGCACAAUGAGUCCUUAUGCCCCAAAAUGAUGUCUAAGGCUAGGAUUAAUGUGGAGGAGCAAGCUGUUGUUCAAAAUCUGUGCACAGACCAACCAGUCUUGUGUAUAAAUGUGGAGGAGCAAGCUGCUGUUCAAAAUCUGUGCACAGACCAACCAGUCUUGUGUAUAAACAAGGGCAAAGCAGUGGCAUCUGUAGUGCUUGAUACUGAAAUUGUGGAGACUAAUAAAAAGAGAGUUGCAGACAACUUAUUGGUGCCUGGUACUGAGAUUGAAAGGUAUCCCCAGGUUAACACUCAAGUCACAGAAAUCAUAGUGAAGCAAGUUGCCUCUCCCCAACAGGACACUAGGAGGAUUACAUCUAGGAACAAAUUUGCAGACCUGAGUCCUAGCUGGGAGGCGAAAUCAUCAUGGACUUAG